GACUCAUUUGGCCCCACGUGCCGGGAUUUUGUGGACACGCCACUGGAAUAUGUCCCGCCCACUCCGGACGUAAUCCGUGUUUGGCCCGUGACGCUGCUUGUACACGUAGUCUAGAAGGAUGUGUUCAUUGAAGAUGGUGGUGUGUCAGACUCUGUGUCCUGCGAAUUUCUAUGCCUGACUGCGCCUGAGUGACUUCAGUGAUAUCUUACAGAGUGAUUGGGAUCCGCUCGUUUUCUGAACAUGCAACCUACUCCUCGGGCUGGACCUCCGGGACCCUCCGGCCCUCCUCCUUCUGGGCCAAAUAUGUUUCGCAGGACCAGGCCUCAGAAGUCCGCAGCAGCGACUGGUACAAUGCCUCCUGCUACCCAACCCAUGACAAAUCCUUUUGCUUUUGGUCAAGCUCCUCCCCCUAUGGCUACAGGUGGUGUCCCAACUGUACCAAUGGGCAACCUUCCUCAAAUGCAGACGCCACCUAGCACGGUGUAUUCCCAGCAUGGUUCUGGGCUGCCUCCACAGCCACAAACGCUGGGCGGUGUUCCGUUUGCUCCACCUGUUCCUCCACCAUCCACUUUGCCGGGGGUUCCCCUCUUAAACCCUCACAGCACAGUACCUCCCGGAGCUUUCCCUGCUCCAAGUCAAACAGGACUUACAUCUUCAAAUAGUGAACAGGGCUACUUUAAUUCAAGAGAUCAAACGCCAUCUGUGUCCACAGAGUCCCCACCUAUGGCAGCAAGUUCAGCACCUAGUCAGACACAUUUUAAUCAGUCAUUUCAAGGACAACCGCCUCCUCCUAAUCCUGUUCACUUUCAGCCACACCCCCCUGCAUCUUCUUUUCCUCAGUGGGCCCCUGAACACACAAGUCGGCCCCCAUCGGUUCAAAACUAUUUCCAGCCUACUAGUGAUCCUCCACCACAGCUAUUAAGUACAGAUCCACAGACUCAGAUGUACCCCCCUCACUGUCAGUCACCUCAUCACAACGUACCCACCCCUCCGUCCCAGCCUGGUCUCCAGAAUCAUCCUCCUCUCAACCCACAAAAUCCUGCUAACUUGGCUAACUCUCAGUGGUCAGAUCCAAACAGAAUUCAGCAGCACAGUUCAAGUUUUUACACUCAAAAUAGUUUCGGUCAGAACCCUGCUCCCCAAGACUCAUGGUUCAGCCAGAUACCACAGGAUUAUCACCAGAUGGGGGCGGGGCCCGGCAAUCCACCGCUUCUUGUCGACGCCGCUGGCUCGGCACCUGGGCCUGAGCCCAGUGCUGCUCAUGCCUCAGACCCCAACUCUGAAGACUCUGGUACUCUCUCAAUGUUCUUCAAAGGCAACGACGUGGAAAAUGAAGAAACCCUGGCCAGCGACAGAGAUAAGGCAGUAAAUGGUCUUGCUGGAUCUUUUCAGCAUCAAAGGAUCCCGCAGACCCUCGGUGGACAUGCAGACGUCCCCUUAACUCACCAAGGAGUCCCUGCACAAGAUAAUUCACACCUUCCUUACUUAAGUGAGGGAAGUCAUAGUGUACCAGGAAAUACCCAGAAGCCACCUGAUACUCAGUUUGACCAUGUCGAGAAUUUGGAGUGUGUUCCAAACCAGGAAGUAUUACCCAGUGAGAGCCAUAGUAGUGCUGUCGCACCACAUGGAAUAGACCAGUUUGAAACUGGGCCCAACCUAGAAACGCCCGAUUCUGUUCCAAGACCAAUGAGAUCUGCCAGCGUAUCGUCAAACUACAGCAACAUGAGUCACGGGAGUGGAACCGGCGGGCGUCGGCACCAGGGGGCCAAAGGCACCUUCAUUCAGCAGGAGAGCCCGCAUCUCGCUGAAGAUGCUAACCCUUCCGGUGCUGCUGGAGGCUACUUUGAACAAAUCGAUACUUCUCCAGCCGUAGAAACGGGCAUGCAACCAACCUCCCCAGAGCAGAUAUGGCCUUCCACGCCCAGUCCUCCCAAACCAACAGGGAUCUUUCAGACCAGUGCUAACAGCUCAUUUGAACCUGUGCGCUCACAUGGGGUGGGGGUGCGUCCCGCUGAGGUUGAUAGGGCUAAAAUGGUUGCUGAAGGGAGAACGGAGUGUCCCUCCGGCAACUUAGAACAACCGCCAGAUAAUAUGGAAAAUAUUUUUGGCCCGGGACACUCCCAGGCACCGGGUGGUGUACCGCAUGCGACACAUCCAGUUGUACUUUCUCAUUCUCGCCCGUCAUCUCGUGCUUUUGGGGCCAGCCGGCCCUGCGAGAGCCCCGCGACAACUCUGUGGGCUCAGAAUGACCCCGCAAGCUUGGGUGUUAACAUCCUCCUUGCUCCUGCUGCCCCUACAGUUCUGGCCCCUCUGCGGGAACCUAGUGCUGAUGUCAUCCAGCCCCCAGAGGACGGUCCACUGGACCUGCAGCCCCCACAAAGAAUCCAGGCAUCUUCCCAGCAACACUCAGAGAACUUAGAAAACCCACCUAAGGUCACCAAAGAUGCUCAGCAUGGCGCAAAUGUGGAGAGGAAUUCUUCUUCUCAAAAUCCAGUCUCUUCGUCUGUCCCCCAGGUUCUGUCAGCGCCUCCACCACCAGCUGCAAGCUCCCAGCUGUCCUCAAACACAUCUUCUCUAACAUUAGAUUCUCAGGCUGCUCCACAGGGACAAAACAGUGCUCCUCCCAUUCCUGUGAGUGCAGCACAACCUCACAAUCAAAGUUCAGCUCUGAUGCAGGAGCAUCCUGCAGGGGGCGCUAUUACAGCUCCACAGUCGCAAGGGCCACAAGGUCCAGAGCGUCCUGCAGCUUCCCAGCCAGUGGAGCCACCACGCCCACCAUCCACUGCUGGCAGCCAUCACAGCUAUGGAGCGCCGGCCCCUCCUGUGCCGGGGCAAAUGUACGGAGGUUACUAUGGAAAUUAUGGAGAAUACCCAGAUAGCAGAGCACAAUAUCCUCCUGGACAGUAUGUGCCCCCACCUGGGGAUCCAAGGUUACAUCAGUAUUAUCAGGAUAACUCAUACCGGGGCAGAGCAGAUCCGUGGUAUGGCAGAUAUGAAGGGCAGAGCCAGAAUUACCGGGAUCCAAACUACCAGUACAGGGAGCCACCAUCAGAUCGACCCAACUCCAGAGCCAGCCAGUACUCGGACAGACCGUCUUCAAGGCAAGGCUACGCCGAUGAAAGCAGAGCAAACCGAAGUGCCUACGGCGACUAUUAUCCAGACUACUCCAAGCACUAUGAAUAUGGAGGAUAUUAUGGACAAUAUGACCCACGAUACAGAGGAUACUAUGAUCAGUCAUACUGGUCUUACUAUGAUGACACAUACAGAAACAAUUAUUAUAAUCAGCCCGCGUAUCCUCCAAGGAAAGAAGGAUAUGAUGACCAGUGGAGAUACUAUCCUGGUUAUGACCCCAGCUUUGAUGAUGAAAACCGUGGCGCUGACAUGUACGGGGAAGACUUUGAUCGCCGUAGCAUCCACAGCGAGCAGUCGGCACACAGCGUGCGCAGCUCCCACAGCCACCACAGCAGGCGGAGCAGCUUUAGCUCACGCUCACAACAGAGCCAGAUCUACAGGAGUCAGCCUGACUUGACCGUCGAUGUUUGUGACAACACUUCUAUGGCUGUGAACUACUCUUACGCGCAGUACCCCAAUCAGGCUGAUGCUACCCAGCAGCAGUACCUCUACUCCUCAGAUUACACCACAGAUGGCUCCUGGAUUGCCCCUAAACAACCUCCGCCUCGUCCAGCAACCCCAGAAAAGUUCACCAUACCUCACCGCUGUGCCCGCUUCGGACCUGGUGGCCACCUGGUUCAGGUCUUACCUAAUCUUCCUUCAGCUGGACAGCCAGCUUUGGUGGACAUCUACAACCUGGAGACGAUGCUGCAGGACACUUCUGAUCAGGCAGAGCUACGGACAUUCCCUGGUCCUCUCAUUAAAGGGGAGACUCAUAAAGUGGACGUAAUCAAGUUCUCCCAAAACAAAGGACUGGAGUGUUCCCGUGACAACAACCUCCUGGACAGAGAUUCUGCUCGCCUGCUUUGGGAAUUCAUUGUGCUGCUUUGCAGACAGAAUGGGACCGUUGUCGGUACCGACAUCGCCGAUCUUCUGUUGAAGGAGCAUCGCUCUGUCUGGCUGCCCGGCAAGAGUCCCAACGAGGCGAAUCUGAUUGAUUUUAAUAAUGAACCGCUGGCACAAGCUGAGGAGGAUCAAGGAACUGGACCACUGUCUCUUUUAUCCGACACCUUUAUGACUGUCCCGGAGAACGUUGGCAAGGAAACGGAGCGCUUCAGGGAACUGCUGCUGUUUGGUCGCAAAAAAGACGCUCUGGAAGCUGCCAUGAAAGCUGGUCUGUGGGGUCAUGCGUUACUGUUGGCCAGUAAGAUGGAUAGCCGAACUCAUGCACGUGUCAUGACAAGGUUUGCAAAUAGUUUACCAAUGAAUGAUCCUCUCCAGACGAUUUACCAGUUGAUGUCAGGAAGAAUGCCUGCAUCAGCCACUUGCUGUGGGGAGGAGAAAUGGGGCGACUGGCGUCCUCACUUGGCCAUGGUCCUGUCAAACCUCACACAGACUCUGGACUUGGAUACUCGCACAAUCACCACCAUGGGUGACACACUCGCUUCUAAAGGUCUCACUGAUGCUGCACACUUCUGUUACCUGAUGGCACAAGUCGGUCUGGGAGUUUUCACCAAGAAGAGCACCAAGAUGGUUCUGAUUGGCUCCAACCACAGUUUGUCCUUUCGACAGUUUGCCACAAAUGAAGCGAUCCAGAGGACAGAAGCGUACGAGUAUUCUCAGUCUUUGGGCUCCCAACCCUGCUCACUGCCCAAUUUCCAGGUGUUCAAGUUGAUCUAUGCAUGCCGGUUGGCUGAAGCAGGCCUGUGCGCUCAGGCCUUUCAUUACUGUGAAGUUAUUUCCAAGACUGUCCUCAUGCAGCCCUCCUACUACUCUCCUGUGUUCAUCAGCCAGAUCAUCCAGAUGUCAGAAAAGCUACGAUUCUAUGAUCCGCAAUUGAAGGAAAAACCCGAGCUGGAAUGGUUUCUCGAGCCGGAUUGGUUGAUUGAGCUCAGGCAGUUGAAUGGACAGAUCUGGACAUACAGCGUAGACAGAAGAACUCCUCCACAGUUCGACUGCCACAGUGAAACUUCUGACUUGGACCAGCUGACUCCGUCUGAGCCGUACAGCAUGCCGGUAGAGGUAGACGGUCCAGCUCCAGACAACCCACUCACCUCCUUAUUGCCCAGACCUCCCUCGCAAGGAGUCCAGCUGAUGCCUGCAGCUCCCACUUCCAUCAUCCGAGACGACAUGGGCCCCCCUCAUGCCUACCAGCCUGCCGAUCCACCGCAGUUCUACCCAGUACCCCCUAUUGGACAACCAGGGCAGCUUCCCGCCCCCGGUUACCCUCAACAGGACCCCGGCAUCCCCCCUCCCUCCUUCCAGCCGCAGCAUGUGCCGACACCAGGAGGCCAUCAGCAAUCUGGAGCCCCAACACAAGUGUCCACACACAUGCCUCCUCCACCAGGGCCACAUUCACCUGUGCAAAUGAACCCCCCACCUUUCCCUGCACAGCACAUGCCCCCUACGGAGCAGCCGCAGGUACCAUUAGACAUGAUGGCGUCAUCCCUUCCCAGGAACUCUCUCACCCCUCAGUCGGACUUUUAUGAUUACAUGGCUAACAAGACAUCUGGCAGAACACGGACUAUUUCAGAGUCUUCAUCACAUCUGCAGUCGGGGAACAGCUCUCGCAGGGCGUCUAUAUCAUCAAAUUUCUCUGGUGGAAGGGAGAGGGCAAACUCUGUCAAGCAGGUGUCCCCGCCUCCCCCGCCUAUUCCAGAACAGCCACGAAAAGAGGCGACAAUAGCCAAGAAAGAGUCCCCUAACAAGAAGCUUAGCUGGUUGAAAUGGCUGAUGCCAAAGAGGAAUGAGGCUCACCUUCCGGAUGACAAAAACCCGUCUAUUGUGUGGGAUGAAAAGAAGCAGAGAUGGGUGGACCUGAACGAGCCUGAAGAGGAGAGUAAACCCCCUCCUCCGCCUCCCUCUGGGUUCCCCGCCAUGCCUCAGAUGCCAGGACCUGGAGGACCUGCCGCUCCGCCAACUGGAGGCGUCAACAUGUUCUCGAUUAAAGCAGGAUCUAAGGGCAGAUAUGUGGAUGUUCUGAACCCGAGUAGAACGACUAAAGCGAGCGGAGUGGCCCCCGCUCCAGCAGACCUCUUUGCUCCUUUGGCUCCAAUGCAGAUGCCCAAUAACCUAUUUGUGCCUAGUUCAGCUCCAGACGAUCAACAACCUCUUGAGGGCAGUGAAGGUGGAAACCAUGAGCAGAAUUCCCCGAAUAGUUCUGCUGCACAGAUGUUCAACCCGACGAUGAUGCUGCCGCCCGCUGAAGGUCCUCCUGCUCUUGAUAGUUCCCAGUCUGGAGAGCUCUCCCGUUCUAGCUCAAUGAGUUCUUUAUCACGCGAAGUGAGUCAGCAUUUAAACCAGAGCCCCCCUGCCCAGGGACCUGCACCCACGGGAGGCAUCACCUUCUACAACCCUGCACAGUUUGCACAGACAAGUGCACCAUCAGGAGGUGGAGCGCGCUCCGGUCGUUUGGGUGGUCCCCGCCAGUACCCCACGUUAAAGUAAACCUCCCGAGACGACAGCACCAGACCCUCCGGGGGUUUACUGAGCCCCGCACAUGGACACACUGCCCCUCUGUCUUAAGGCUUCUUUCUUCUGCCUUCACUUAAGAAGAGCGUAAUCGUCAGUCUCUACAGCUUAACCACUCGUUCUUCUGAAGCCCAGUAGGUGUCACUGCUGCGUUCAUUGCAGCAGGUACUGUGUUUUUUCCUUGAAGGGCUUCUUUUUCUGCAUCCAAACAGUAAAUUGAGAUGAUUUAUGAAUUUUAUCAUGCAUACAGGUGUAACUAUGGAUGAAUUUACAUAAGCUGUAUGUUCUUGUAGAUAUAUAAUUUAGUGUACAGUAAAUACAUUUGCUUUUGAAAGCUGCCCAGAUUCUCCUCAAAUAUAACAGAAUUGUCACCUCAUGUACCCUGUUUUCAUUUCUUUUUUUGUGUCUGCACAGAGUAUAAAAAGAAGUCCCAUAUUGUAAGAUUGUUUGUGCAGAUAGAAGACAAACUGGAGAAAAAAGAAUUGAAGUUUGAUUUUUCUCAGUGAAAGAAUCAGGUAAAGUGACUCGAGGAGAGGAGGAGGUCAUCAGUGUUAAGAUGCUGCUUCAUUUGGAUAUUUAUUUAAAAAUUCUCCCCCUCAUCACUAUAAAAUUACUGUUUUUGCCCACAUUUCAUUGUAAAACUCUCAAAAAAAACUUGCAGAAAAUGAAUCUAUCCAAAUAUUUGUAUAUCAGAUUGACUGUAUUUAUGACCUGUAGGCAUAACGAUGUGUGUGGAUGAGUGUGUGAAUAGCAAAUAAUUUUUUUCUGAUAGGCUUUGACAUAAAUCAUUUAUGAUUAAAGAAAUAAUCAUAUUCUGAUCAUUUGUAUCAGCUGCUUCUGCAAAUAAAUCUUUAUCUUAAUUGUGAA